AUGGCUGCUAUACAGUAUGGAGAAAUCCUCUCAGAGCCUUGUGAUUUAGGUAAAAAGUUUGAAGAGAUCAUACCAAAAUUGGAAGAUCAAGAGACUGAAAUAGAAGGCAUAUUCUCAUGGCAUAUUGAUAAUUGGUUUAAAUUACAACAAUUAAAAUAUGAGUCUCCGCAAAUUCAGAUAGGAAAUUUUAAAUGGAAUCUAUUACUAUUUCCGAAUGGAAACCAUAAUAAAGGUAUUGCCAUAUACUUGGCACCUCAUCCAAAAGAAAAUGUAGAUCCUGAUUGGUACUGUUGUGCUCAAUUCGCUAUAGUGCUGUCAAGACCUGAAGAUGAUGCCACUGUACAAGUUAUUAAUAGGUCAUUUCAUAGAUUUAAUUCUUCAGAUACAGAUUGGGGGUUUUCUAAUGUUGUUGAUGUUAAUCACCUGAAAUAUCCAUCCAAGGGAAGAUUGAAACCUUUAUUAAAUGACGGUUCAUUAAAUAUCACUGUCUAUAUUCGGAUUUUAAAGGACCCUACUGGUGUUCUAUGGCAUAAUUUUAUCAACUACAAUUCUAAGAAAGAAACUGGAUACGUCGGUUUCAAAAAUCAAGGUGCUACUUGUUAUUUGAAUUCUUUGUUACAAUCAUAUUUCUUCACAAAAAUCUUUAGAAAAUUAGUUUAUCAAAUUCCAACAGAUAAGGAUAGUCCCAAUAAUAGUGUUCCUAUGGCUUUACAGAGAGCAUUCUAUCAAUUACAAGUCUCAGAUGAACCGUUAGACACACUAGAGUUAACACGCUCAUUCGGAUGGGAUAGUGGAGACGCCUUCACACAACAUGAUGUGCAAGAAUUAAAUAGAAUAUUAAUGGAUAGAUUAGAGAAUAGGAUGAAAGGCACACCUGUUGAAGGAAGUUUAAAUAAUCUUUUUGUUGGAAAAAUGAAAAGUUAUAUUAGAUGUAUUAAUGUGGAUUACGAAUCAUCUAGAGUAGAAGAUUUUUGGGAUCUACAAUUAAAUGUUAAAAAUUUAAAAGGACUGGAAGAUUCGUUUAAAAAUUACAUUGAAAUUGAACUAAUGAAUGGGGAAAAUCAAUAUGCUGCACAGGGACAUGGUUUACAAGAUGCUGAAAAGGGUGUGAUAUUUGAAUCGUUCCCAUCAAUACUGCAUUUACAAUUGAAAAGAUUUGAAUAUGAUUUUAAUUAUGACCAAUUAAUAAAAAUUAACGAUCGUUAUGAAUUUCCAGAGACUAUUGAUGUAUUGCCAUAUCUUGAUAAAGAUAGUCCACAAAUUAAUGAACCAUAUGCACAUAUAUAUAGAUUACAUGGUAUAUUGGUUCAUGCUGGUGAUAUCUCAACUGGACAUUAUUAUGCCAUGAUUAAGCCAAAUGUGGAAGAUCAAUGGUACAGAUUUGAUGAUGAAAGAGUAUGGAAAGUAACUAAAAAGCAAGCUUUAGAUGAAAAUUUUGGUAUUGAAAGGCUCCCUGAAGAACAAAUUAAAAUGAUGUCGAGAGAGCAAUAUCAGGAAUAUAUGUUAGCCCGUCAUACAAGUGCAUAUAUGUUAGUAUAUAUCAGAAAGGAUAGAGAAGAAGAAUUGUUACGACCUGUUACUAUUGAAGAUGUUCCAAAACAUAUUAUUGCAAGAGUGGAAAGAGAAAACAAAGAACGUGCUGCUCGUGAAAAGGAACUUAGAGAUGCACAUUUAUAUCUGAACAUUAGGGUUCAUAAUUUGUUGAACUUUAUCAACUUUGAAGGUUUAGAUACUGUUCCUAAUCCAAUAUUCAAGUACUCGUAUGAGGGUCUUAAUAAUGGUAAAGAACAACCAUUAACAUUAAAGGUCGAAAGAACAAAAAAAUUGGUAGACUUUUAUGAUGAACUCAAAAAUAAAUUAAAUAUUCCCAAGGAGAAUACCAUUAGAUGUUGGGAUAUGAUUAUGCGUCAAAAUAGUACUUUAAGAACCUCUCAUUAUUUAGAUCCAAGUGAUGUGAAUGUAACAAUAGAAGAUGUAUUAAGACUGGAAGAAGAACAAUCUGUUCAAGGAUGUGAUGUUUUUGUUGAAGAACCAUAUUUAGAUUUGAAGUAUUUAUUGGAGUUGAGGAAACAUAAUAAAAUUGAUUUUGAAAAGGUGGAUGAUGUACUAAUCAGAAAAAUAAGAGAAAAUUUAAAUGAAUUUUUAGAAGUGUAUCCUGUCCCACUUUUAAAAGACUCUACUAAUCUUAUUUUUGUUAAACAAUUUAAUAUGGAAGAGCAAAAAUUAUUAGGUUUCGGUCAUGUUUUAGUAUCACCAUUUGAUGAAGUCUCUGAUUUUAAAAAGAUGUUGAAUGAAAUUAUUGGAAACAAAGAGGAGUUGAAAUUAUACGAAGAGAUUAAUGUAGAUAACAUUGCAUUACUCCCAGACAAUUCCCAAUUUAUUACGGCUGAAAUAGAUACUGGUGAUAUUAUAUCAUUUGAGCUGUGUUCAAAAGACAAUAUUCAUGACAAUAGGCAACCUAUCUAUGAUGAUAUUGUUAAAUACUACGAUUUUCUAGGACAUAGGGUUAAUUUGAAAUUUACUAAGUCAACAGAUACACAAGAAGAAUAUAAUGAUAUUAAUUCACCUGAUAAAAAUUUUGAAAUAUGGGCCUCAGCUUAUACACCAUUUGAAGAAUUGUCCAAGGUUGUUGCUGAAAAAGUUGGAUGUGAUGCCAAUUAUUUAAAAAUUUUUGCUAUAUAUUCCAAUGGACGCUUUGCUCUAAAAUCAUAUUCCAUAUUAAAUGACUUUUUGAUCAAAGAUUUUAACUGUUCUUCAAUACCACCGUUUGAAUACGAAGUUUUAUCUAUCCCACUAAAAGAGUUUGAACAUUUAAGACCUGUUAAAUUUUACUGGCUAAAAAAUAGUUAUAUUCAUUUCCAAUGUUUUGAAUUUGAAAUACCAAAUAAUUGUACAGUAAAGGAAUUUCUAGAUAAAAUACAGAAUAAGAUCGGUAUUUCUGAUAAAGAAAAGAACGAUACGUUACUCUGGACAAAUAAUAAUUUUAAAUUUGAGAUGGUUUUAUCAGAAGAUACCAUGUUUAAACAAAUUCCUAAAACUUCAUUGAUAUUUGGUAGGGUUUUGCCGGAAGAAUUAUAUCAUUUGGUAUCAAAACAAGAUAUUGAUUCAGAUAGUGAUACUAAUUCAACCACUCCAGAAGUAAAUAUGGAGAACAGUGUCACGUUCAGUAGAGAUAAGAACGAUUCUAACCAAGGCAAAAUUGUAAUCGUCAGUCAAUAUUUUAAGGAUUUGGAGAAUAGACAUGGUAUAUCAUUUUUAUUUAGUUUAUUACCAGGGGAGAAAUUUACUGAUACGAAGGAGAGACUUCAUCAAUUAUUUGGUCUAGGACAAAAGGAGUUUUCAAGGAUUAAAUUAGGUGUUAUAAUUUCUUAUGGUAAUCGUAUGUCUAUGAAGUCAUUAUCUGGUUAUACUAAUGAAGAAUUAGAGAAGAUUGUUCUGUACGACAAAAUGAAAGAUUGGGAUAGUAUAGUUAUGGAUCAUCCUGAUAGGUUACGUUCGCAUUCCACCGGGGAUAGGCCAAUGUUUAUCAAAAAUUAG